AUGGCAAAUUUUCAAUAUGAAUUAAGUUCUCUUCCUGAAAGAGAGGCUCAUUCUACUUCUCCUGUUUCUUCAAUGGGGAAUAGCAGGAGAAGCUUCGAUAGAGACCAAGAUAAUGCGACUUCAUCAACCAGAGAGCCAUCUUCAAUUUUACAUAACGAUAACGUUGCUGGUGUUCAGAUAUCCGAACGCACUUUGAAUAGAUUCGAUCAUAACUCUACCACAUCACUUCAUCAUGAAGAUCCUCCUGCAUAUACAAUUUCUCCGGAGAUAUCACAAGUCAAAAGUUAUACUUUGAAAAGGAAUUGGGGUGGGUUUUGGUUGUCAUUAAUUUUUUCAACUUUGAUUCUAUUACAAUGGAUUGGUCUCGUUCAUAUAUGUUAUAAGCCUUUUGGCUCGAGUUAUUCAUACGAAAUUACAGCUGCGACCAGGAAAUACGAUUUUAAAUGGAACGAAAGAUGGUUAAAUACUUUUCAAGUCUUAAUCACGAUUUGCUCAUUGUUUGUACUAAUUGUUGUUUCAACUAUUCUCUCAAGAGCUGCUGUUGUCUUUACACAGCGCCGAAAUUCCAAGCCAGGAUAUACAUUAAGUCAAAUAAUUGCUAUUGCGGAUGAAAUUUGGCUUAGUAUCCCAGCUAUUUGGAAGUGCUCGAUUCAAAAAGAUAUGAAACUUAUGAAAUCAGGAUAUCUACUAUAUGCGUUUAGCCUUUGUAUAUCCGCGAUAUUGAUCUACCCCAUUCAACAAGGCUUUCUCCAGAUUUUUGACAUCUAUGUACCGAAUCCUCAAUAUCCAUCUCAAGGUUAUUUUCAUAACAUGUAUCGUUAUAAUUACCCACUACUCAACGGAGAAAAUAUUCUUUACGAUUUAUAUACUUCACAUGGAUAUCAAGGAGCUCUCAGUACAGCUUUGGUUAACACCAAUCCAAAUGAUAUCCAACCGAAUUUAUGGAAUCCAUCAAACUCUUCCAGCUCAUAUCCAAUUGGACGUCCAUCUACUAAUAUCUCGGCGGGUCUUCAAGAAAGAUUGUCAAAUUCUUCAACAUCAUGGUAUGCAAUUCAAAAUAAUACUUAUAGCAAUGGGAUGUAUAACUCUACUGGUCUCCGAAUGAACACAUCCAUUACAUGUUUCAUCAUUCCACAACGCGAGUUUCCAACAGUCUGUCCAGGUCCUUCGCCAUGGACUACUUCCAUCAAUUUAACUACUGCAAACAAUACCAUGACAAUUGAAUAUAUUGCGUAUGGUAUUAAUGGUUUGAUUUUGAAUGCUUGUGUACCGGGCAACAAAUAUGCUUUUCCAUGGUCGGUCAAUAGUACGCUACAAACCAUCGAAGAAGAAUUGUAUUUUGAUAUUGGUUGGACUAUGACGGAUAUUGGGCAUGAACUCACUGGAAUUGGAUCUUUGCAGAAUUACACACAAAAGUGCACGGCAGAUACCACUUUUGGGUAUUUUAAUCUUCCAACAUAUGCUAACAGUAGCGCUGGACCUCUAUUGCCCGCCGAUAUUCCGAUAUUUGGAGCUAUUGCGAGUGAAACUACACCCCGAACCAUAUUCAAUGAGAGUGAUCCAUUAGUUGGUCUAUACAGUGCAAUAAAUCGAAUGACACUUGACUAUCAUGGUCCUCUUUUGACAUCAGCUCUAGCAUUAUUUCCGGAUUGGAGCAGUAUGACAGAUGAAUAUGGCGGUAUUGAUCAACGACUUAACAUACAAUGGCCGCUUAGUAAAUUUACUGGAUCGAUAAAUCAGAAUGAAUCUUAUGCAUCCUAUCUCAGUCGAUUCGCAGCCAACCAAAAUUAUCUUGAGAACAGUCUCCGCAUUUCUACGUUUCUCGCUACUAAAACUGCAUGGGAAGUCGUGGCUGAAAAUUUAAACUAUCGUGCCCAUCCUUUAUUUACUGAAAUGGGAAAAACGGUAAAACGACCAUACCUACCCUUAUCCGUCAUUAUCAUUGUCAGUAUCUUAAUCAUCUACCUUACAUUAUCAUUAUUAUACCUAGGUAUACGUAGUGCAUUUAAUCGUACAUGGACUACCACAUUAAAUUCACUUUCGAUGAUACUUUUAACUAGAGAUGCGGCUGAAAGAAUGCCGAAAUUACCAGUGAUACUACAUGGCAGUACUGGAAAUGAGGGAAAACUCGUCAAGAGUUUGGCGGAUGAACCAGCAGUGAUUGGGGACAUAAUGGUGGGGGAUAAAGUAGGUACUUUAGCGGUUGGAGGAGAAGGCAUUAUUGGGGUAGCGGGAAGAAGGUAUAGGGAUGGUAGAGUUGAAGGUCCUGUUAUGGCAUAG